AGUCAAUGCAGAAACUUCACGUCGCUCAAGCGCUUGAGAGUAGUAACGUAUAAACAAUUAUUGUUCAUUAUACCUAGUUAAAUUGGGAAAUAAAUAAAGAAGACAGAAAUUGAAAAUUGACAAGCAAACUCAUUGAUAAAAUUAAAGUUUUAAACAUAUAGAGGAAAAAAAAUGAUUGACGGACAAACAGGUGUUUAGAGAAACUGGAAAAAACUGUUUUUACAAACAACAACUGUCCGACAUUUAUAGCGAAGAAAAUGCAGAAUAAUCAUCUCUCUGAGUCCGAUGAUUCGGAACGGGAUAGAAGGAGAGGAUACCUUUCUAGAAUGGAUACAGAGGUUCGCUCUAUAGAAUUCUGGAGAGCAGUUAUAAGCGAAUGUAUUGCAACGUUUUUCUACACCUUUUUUGUGUGCUUUAGUACUUUAUGGACUAAAGAGGAAGAUAGGGACGAUUGUUCAGUUUUAUACAUUUCAUUAGCCGCCGGCUUAUGUAUGAUGAUGCUUCUUCAAUGCUUCGGUCAUGUAUCUGGCGGUCAUUUUAACCCAGCCGUAACGCUCCCGAUGGUUUGUACUGGGAAGAUAACGAUUCUGAGGGGAAUCUGUUACAUAAUCUCUCAAUGUGGGGGUGCUAUCGCCGGCGCGGCCGCUUUAUACGGAAUUACGCCAGCGGAUCGGAGAGGUCAACUGGGCAUGAAUGGAUUAGCGGAGGGUAUCGGUAGAGCUCAGGGAUUCGGUUUGGAGCUAAUGCUCACUUUUAUAACGGUUUUCACGCUAUUUGCAACCGUUGCGCCUGAGAGAAAGAUGGCUGGAAGUCCGGCUCUGGCUAUUGGAUUAUCUGUGACGGCUGCCCAUCUUGUAGGCGUAAGAAUGACUGGAUGUGCAAUUAAUCCAGCAAGAUGCCUCGGGCCGGCAUUUAUUAUGAAUAAAUGGAAUUUACAAUGGCUCUACUGGGCGGCAGCAAUGGCUGGUGGAUUAAUUUCCGGUCUACUGUACGAAUAUAUUUUCGACCCUUAUAAAAAACCUUGUAAUAAUGCGAAGAGUAGGACAAAUAUAAAAAUGGAUCAAUUAGAUACGUCCAGCGCCAUCUGUAACGGGUCCAGGAGAAGGAAAGAGUAUACUAGGGUUGGAACAGGAUGCUCGACAAAUGAUGACUUAAUUCCAGAGACAUGGUGUAGAUCCCUAGUAAGAGAAACAAGUAGCGCCACCCAAUUAACUAGGGCAACUUCAAUUGUUAGCGGGAAGAUGAACAUGCCUACAUCAGAGAUUCGAUGAGAAAGAAAAAGAAAAAAUAGAACUGUACCGAACGAACGACAUACAAGAUAGAAGAUAGAGGAAAGAAGAUGAUAAAAAUAGAACAAGAAAAAGAAAACAACAAUAGAAAUAAGAACUAUUCCAUUUAAUUUUCAACCGCUUUUAUUUAUUUUUCUUUACUAUAUUUUUAUUUAAACUGUAACGAAGAUAAAGAAGCAAAAUAAGAAGAAGAAGAAGAAGAAGAAGAAGAAGAAGAAGAAGAAAGGAGAGAUAAGAGAAAAUAGUCUUAAGAUGUCUUUUUUUGUGAUUUUUACGAUAAGGAUAACGAUAAUGAAUGAAUGAAAGAUCUCAUAAAAUAUUCUUUUUUUUUCCUACUAUUUUACAUACCGAAUAAGAAAAUGUGUACAUAAAUAGACAAGUUUCAUGUUUACAAAAGGAAACAUCUGCUCCUUUAUUUUUUAUUUAGAUAAAAAUUUGUCUAAUACAUUCAUACAGAGAAAGAAG